CAGGACCCGUGACGCACGCGCAGAAGCCGCGCCGGAAGCGGAAGUGGUGGGCUGUGUGCUGGAGCUGGGGUCCGUGCAGAGUCCCAUGGCGGCGGAGCAAGAUUCGGACUCCACUGAGCCUGCUGGUUCUGAGGCGCUCUUGGACGCUGUGCUGCGGACCCUCUACGACCUGGGAGAGCCAGAAGGUGAAACAGAGCAGAAGAGGAUCAAGAAGAGGGUAAAGAAGAGAGACUCGGAGGCAAUAGCAGACGCGGCAGCAGCGCCGCUUCCCCUGCCUGGGUCUCCUGUGCGAUGCCAGAAGAAGAGUGCCUCCAACUUUUUCAGGGAGCUCAGAGAAGAACUGCAGUCUGCUCCUGCUGCCCCUUCACAAAUCCCUAGCACGUCUGCGGUCUCCCUCUCUCCCCUCAAGAAAGGCAGCAAGCCGGUGGAAGUGGUAGAGUUUCAAAGCAAAAGUAAAAAGAGAAAACCAAAGCCACAUGAAGAUGAGCCGGCCAAGAAUAAAACAAAGGCCCUUGAAAAAGAUGUGGGUAUUCAGGAAUUUAACCUAGAAAAGGCUCGCCUGGAAGUGCACCGCUUUGGGAUCACAGGCUACGGCAAAGGAAAAGAAAGAGUCCUGGAAAGGGAGCGGGCUAUCAUGCUGGGGGCUAAGCCUCCCAAGAAUGAUUAUGUGAACUACAAGGUUUUGCAGAAACAAAUCAAAGAGAAGAAGACUGCAGCGGAAGAAGAAAAGAGAGCGGCCCGGGAGACAGACAUUUUCAAGAGAAAGAAGAGGAAAGGGAGAGGGCAGGAGGACAGGAGAUCCAAGAAGUCGGCUCCCAGCAUUUUGUCAAGUGGACGGGCUGGACAAGUUGGAAAAUUCAGAAAUGGGACAUUGAUUCUAAGCCCCACUGAUAUCAAGAAAAUCAACUCUUCCAGAGUAGCUAAGUGAAGUCCCUGUCAGCUCCAGAGAGGAGUGGGAGCAGUGGCAGUGCGUGAGACACAGUGCCCGCUAACCCUGUGGCUGCCCUUUCUUGUUCUGCAGGCUCUUCCUCAUUUGAGCAGUGAGUCUGUGGGCAGGCAGUGCCCUGCUGAGUGCCUGCUCCCCUCCCUCGUGCUGCAGAGGGGAAGGCGCGCGUGCGCGCGCACGCGCGCGCGCGCACACACACACACACACACACACACACACAUACCUGUGCACACAGCAGGCAGUGCCCCACUGAGUGCCGGUCUGUGCCGGGCUCCCUCCUGUUGCAGGUUGCUGGUGUCGGCACCCUGGUUACACUCCACUUUUUCAUAUUUUUCUGUCUCCAAGUGUCUGUGAAUUAUGACGCCAAGAUACCUUUUGGACUCAUGAAGACACUAAGCGCGCUUGCUGUCCAUUGGUUCUGUGGACAAGGGGUUCUGUUCUCAGCCUGCCACGUGUGUAAAUCCACUUUAUAAGAAUUUCCAGAAAUACACCUCUGUAGUAUGAGUGACUGGCUGUUAAGUAACACACAGGCGGUUCUGACGGAUUCCCCACACCUGCUUGGAGCUGUAACCUCACAAGGCCAUUUUACAGUGAUGUUCCCCCUGCGUAGGUGUCAGCAUCUCCUCAGAGACUGAGGUAAAUUAAAGGAAAGUAUCCAGUGACAGGGACAUUCUGCCAUUUCCCACCCUGGAGUUCCUUGUCCCGCAAGCAUCACAGUGUAGUCUGAAAACCUUCAGGCUGUGGGCCGGCUGUUAGGAUGUCAUCAGGAUGCUCUGAGAGCAUUGCUAAACACCUCACAAGAUGGAACCCAAUGUGCUGCAUAACUUCAAAUUUUCCACUUCCCUUUCUCCGUCUUCCUCCGGCCCCUGUUUCUCAUUACAGAUGGUUGUGAGCUACCAUGUGGUUGCUGGGAUUUAAACUCAUGACCUCCAGAAGAGGAGGUGGUGCUCUUAACCGCUGAGCCAUCUCACCAGCCCUAAAUGAUUUUUUAAGCUUAUUUAUUUAUUUGUUAGUAAGGGCACAUGUGCCACAGUGUUUGUGUGGAAGCCACAGGGUCUGGUCAUCAUGCAGGUCCCAGGAAUUGAAUUUGGGUGUCAGGCUUGGCAGCAAGCACCUUCACCUGCUCAUUCACACUCACAUACACACACACACACACAUACACACACACACACACCAGCCCAACUUAGAAGAUCUUAACAGGACAGCACUGGGGGAAGACCUCGGCAGGAGAGGAGCUGUGGAAGGUCACUGCAUCAGCUGACUCCAUCUUCUCAAGGAGAGCCUGAGGGAUGUGGAGCACCACCACCAUGAGCCAGCCACCAGGGCUUACACAGCUGAGGACUGGUAGCUUGGACCAGAUCCCAUCUCAGUAACUAGCUUUGAUUUCUGCUUUGUAAUGUAUUGUGUAAAUACUUAUGCUCAACCCUUCAGUAAGGCAGAGAAGCCUACUGUGUAAAUACUUAAAGCAGUAUACUGACCACUAAGUAUUCUAAAAACGGUUCAGAGAACAAAAUGGCCGACCAACAGCUCUGUGUUCUGAGUAGAGGAUCAAGCUUAAGUCUACUCUGGAUAAAGAUCCUGCCGAGGUCUCCAGCAAAAUUAACUACAGCAGUGGUUCUCUGCCUGUGUGUGUGGGGGGGGGGGGGGCGCUUACCAGAUAGUUACAGGACAGUUUUUAACAAUGGAAAAAUUAUAGUUACAAAAUUGCAAUGAUAAUUUUGUGGUUGGGGGUCAUCACAUCAUGAGGAACUGUAUCAAAGGGUCACAGCAUUUGGAAGGUUGAGAACUGCUGCUCUGUGGAAAAGCCAUCCUAAGUGAGACAGGGUCAUGCCUGAGCUCUUGCUCUAGCCACAGGACAGGACCUGGCUUCAGUUACCUCGGGGUUUGGCCCAUGCAGCUGUGCAGGACAUGUGACACAGGUAGGGCUCACUGAGAUGGAAGUGGCCUGCACCCCCUGUGGCCAGGAAAGAACUGCAGCAUGGUCCUGACUGAGCCCAGGCACCUUUGGAUAAUGCUGUCUUAGCCAACACCAACUUGGAUUGACAUGACAAAGAAGCACUGUCUGACUCCAAAUCAGAUUGAUGGGAAGCCGACACUGCCCUAACUCUACCUGUCACACUCCCACAGCCAGAAGCAGCACCUGUCCCCAGUGCUUAGUGGGAGUCAUGUGACUGCCUCCUUAAUUAGUUAACUCCCUCUCUGCAUGAUCCACCUAUCUCCUCAGCUCAGGUCUUUUCUGAAAUUCACACCACUCUUGUAUGCCACUAUACUACCCCAUAGUCCACACUUACACAGUUUGUAUAUGCUAGGCCCAGGGAGUGGUACUAUUAGAAGGUGUGGCCCUGUUGGAGUGGGUGUGUCACUGUGAGUGUGGCCUAUAAGACCCUCAUCCUAGCUGCCUGGAAGUGAGUCUUCUGUUAGCAGCCUUCAGAUGAAGAUGUAGAACUCUGAGCUCCUCCUGCACCAUGCCUGCCUGGAUGCUGCCAUGUUCCUGCCUUGAUGAUAAUGGACUGAACCUCUGAACCUGUAAGCCAGACCCAAUUAAAUGUUGUCCUUUAUAAGA